AUGUCAAAAAGUCCCGCGUUCUUUGAAAUAGAAGCAAGAAGAGGUGAAACAACAUCGAAACGCCGCAGAAAAACGUCUCAAAGCAAACCAGAAAUUGUUCUGGUCGUUAAACAAAAACAGAAAGGGAAAAAACAAACUUUAAGUAAAAGAACAGUUGAAAAUCGCAAGAGAAGGCGAGAAAAAGCACGAGAGCUAGUGCGGCAGUUAAACGAGAGAAAAAGCAAAAAAGCUAAGAAGACUGAUCUUACUGCUUUCGAAGAUCAGAGCACAGGUGAUACACCAAGUGAAGGAAUGAGCUCUGUGAAUUCUAUAGAAUCUAUACCUGAAGAGUCAAGGCGGCGCAAAGAACUGGAAAAAGUACGAGAAUUAAUGCUGCAGUAUAAAAGAGAAAGUGGUUCCAAGGAGCAGAAAACAGAAGGUACUCCAAGUGAAUGGAAGAAUUCUGAGGAGUCCGCAUCGCGAGGUGCUGGAGAGAGCGACAAAAGAAGAAAAGCGAGAAGAAGAAGGCGCAACCGAUCAGUACGGAAGCGUGAACAAAUGUGGAAGAAAGUACCAGCAGCGAAGCAGUACGAGGAAAAAAGCGACCACGACGAAGCUGCGAAAAGCGAAAGCAGCUCUGUCCAGCACAGCACAUGCGCCACACCUAAUGAGGGUUCAAAGGAGUCCGCAUCGUCAGUUGCUGAUGAGAGUGAUAUAAAGGAAGAUGAAGAAAGAAAGAAACAUUCACUGCAUGCACCAUUGCAAGCACUGAAAGAAAUUGUAGGAACAUUUGCAGGGAAAGGGGAUCCGAAAGUCAGGAGCAGUGCUUCCGAGGUACAAAAUACACAGAAUGAAAGGGAGAAGGAAGAGGUAAGCGAUCAUUUCUUUGCAGAUAGAGCAAUGCACAAGCGAAGUUAA